AUGAGGAUGUACCGAUUGAACGAAUCUAGGAAAAACGGAGAAGAAAUCGCCAGCACCAAAUCGAUGACCAAUGCCGCGUCAUUCGCCAAUGUGAGCGAUAUCAAAGUGAUCAACGAGCCAACAAGACGAAUCAACCAAACAGCCACACCCGAAGAGUUCCCAGAGUUUCCAAGAGGUGGCAUUCAAAAUGACAGCUCACCAAUGCUCGACGAAGUUGCCUCCAUCGCGACAUCGGUAGAGGAUGAAGCUGUUUUUGAUUACACUGAAAUGGCCAGUGACGACCCGUUUGGAUUGCCAGAGUACGCUGACGAAGCUAUCACUAUUGAUGAGCCAGCUAUCAAUGACCGCACUUUCCGUCACACUAUGGCUAAGCAGGCCAAUGUGUUCAUGGUCUCGUUGAAGAAUCUUGAUGUCGUCGGAAAGGUGGCCAAUGAGAAUUUACGUGUUGAUGGAAAUUUGACAAACAUUGACCUCAACGAGAGACUUGGUAUUCUUCGCCGUGAAAUUAACGACUUGAUGAGAUCAAAUGGAGAUGAAACGAAUACAACCACACAAGCACACAAUGCUGCAUGUUUCAAGUUCUUGUCUCCCGCAAAUGAGAGAAUCUCUCAGUUUUCGAUUGAUAUCAAUCAGCUCUAUGCCACUAUCGACGACGAAAUCAUCACCCAUUUGGGAGCUUUUGCCAAAGACGAUUUCAUCACGGAAAACCGUCUCCGUCUUAGUAUCAACAUCCAUGACUCUUCAAUCGCUGUUGUCGACAGAAGAAAGAAGAAGCCUCUUCGUCUCAGAAUCAAAGCUUUGUCCAUCGAACAAGAGGAAGACUAA